AUGGAAGCCUCGGAAACCGCCUCCGGAGUGGGGACUGCUCCUGGAGGAAGACCGGCACAGUCUCUAGUGGAGAACAGUGAAGCAAGUGGCGCUACUCUACGAAAUGGAACCACAAGGCCUCGCAGAUCAAACAGGAUAGGAGGGGGGAACAGCUUGGAUCGGUCGACCACACAAGACAAUCCCGCUAUAACCCAAAAACCCAAAAGGCAGCAUUGGACGAGAGAAAUGAACGUCAGUCUGAUCAAUGCUUAUUUUGAAGCCACUGAGGGUGAAACAAAAACAAAAAAGUACGCCGAAAAACUGGCAGGAAUUUGGGCGGAGUCACACCCAGGAAAACCAUUCACGGGAAAACACCUCAUAGCCCAGGUGAAAAAUAUAAAGACCAGAAAACUUCUAGCGCUGGACGAGAUCGAAGCAAUUAAGGCAAACAUAGCGAGGAAUUCAAUGGGCGGAACGGUUGAGAACAUAAGAAGGAGCAUACAACGGAGAAGCACAACAGCACAACCACCGACCGAAGAAGAUGAGAGGGAACACCAACUAAUAGAACCUGAAUUCGAUGAGGUCGCAAGAGGAAUGAGGACGCUCUACCAGCAAGUCACCAUGAAAUGGGAAGGAAUAGAAAUAGAUAGAAGACCCAAAAUCCCAAGAAUUGACCAAAACCAGAAUACCCGAGAAACUGUUCAAGCCGUUAACAACGCCUUAGGGCCAGAAUUCAAAAACGCGAGGAACCUCGAAGAGCUCUGCCACACAGUCUACUGCGCUGCGACAGUAACCAGCAUCAUCCUAAAAAUCGAAGACAAAAAGACAACACAAGUUAAACGUCACCAACAAAGACCACCAUGGGAAGAAAGAAUACAGAAGAAGAUAAUCAAUCUUAGGAAGGAAAUAGGAGUAUUACAUGCAUACCUAAACAACACAAGCCCUAGCACGAGAGUCGAAAAUAAGAUAAAAGAAUAUACUCGGAAACUCAAACUCAAAAAGAAAGAACCACAAUACAAGGAGAGAAUAAAGACGUACACAGAAGGUCUUAAACAAAGGAUCGCAGCAUUAGGAAACAGAUUGAGGAGAUACAAUAAGAGGACUCAAAGAUACCGAGACAACAACCUGUUCGCAAACAAUCAGAGGCAGUUCUUCAGGAAACUGGACGAAGACAAGAACGUACAAACAACGAAAACCCCGUCCCCAACCGACAUGCACAAGUACUGGUCGAAGAUUUGGUCAAAUAAAGGAACACAUAACACAGAGGCAACAUGGAUUGAGCAAGAAAAAAAGAAACACGCCAAUCUUCAAGAAAUGUCCACGAUGAACAUAGAAGAGGAAGACGUCAAGAACACAAUUAAGAGAAUGAAAAACUGGACUACUCCCGGCAUAGACGGCAUACAUAACUUUUGGUGGAAAUCGUUCUCACACACGCAUCAAACACUAGCACGACUGAUACAAGAGGCCAUAGAAAAUCCCAACAAGAUACCGAAGUACUUUACACACGGCACGACUCUCAUGCUCCCAAAAAAAGGUGACCUGACACAGCCUGAAAAUUACAGACCCAUAACAUGUUUACCGUCAGCGUACAAAAUAAUAACCUCUACCAUAGGACACAAGAUUCGAACCCACCUAAAAACAAACAACAUUAUGGCAUGGGAACAGGCAGGAUGCAGAGAGAACGGGCGAGGAAGUAAGGAACUUCUGAUGAUUGACAGCAUCUUAACGAGACAGGCAAAGAGGAAACUGAAGAACUUAUCAAUGGCCUGGAUCGACUAUCGGAAGGCAUACGACUCGGUGCCCCACUCGUGGCUAUUGGAAGUCCUGGAAAUAUACAAGGUGGACAAGAAAAUAAUCAAAUUAAUAGAAAGCCUAAGGUCAAUGUGGCGCACAACACUUACAGUCAACACCGAGAGGACCAAAUACAACACGGAGGAAAUAAAGAUCGAAAAGGGCAUAUUUCAGGGAGAUGGACUAAGCCCGCUGCUAUUUUGCCUCGCUCUGAAUCCUCUAAGCAACAUGCUGAACAGAUCUGAAUAUGGCUACAAAAUAGAAGAACAGAAGAAAAUAACACACUUAUUUUAUAUGGACGACCUCAAACUGUACGCUAGAGGAAAAAAACAACUAGAAGGAGAGCUUGAACUCGUACGGAGGUUCAGCACAGACAUAGGGAUGAGAUUCAGUCUGGAGAAGUGUGCAACGGUGGAGGUAAAAAGGGGAAAAUUGGUGGAAGGCGAGAACAUCAGACUGGCAGAUGGACGAGAGAUGGCGAACAUGAAGGCGGAGGAUAGGUACAAAUAUCUUGGCAUACAGCAAACGUACGAAAUUAAACAACAAGAAAAUAAGAAAGCGGCAGAAACAGAACUCAUAAGAAGAACAAGAAAGAUAGUCAACUCACAAUUGUCCGCCAAAAACAAAAUAAACGCCAUCAACAUCUGGGCUAUACCCACAUUUACGUACACGGCUGGAAUACUAAAUUGGUCGAAAACAGAUUUGGAGAACUUGGACAGACGAAUAAGAACAACACUCACACAACAAGGCAUGCUACACCCAAACUCUGCGAUAGAGCGGCUCUACUUACCUCGAAAAGAAGGAGGACGCGGACUCAGCAGCCUGGAACAUACCUGCCUGAAAGAGGAAAAAAAAUUAACACAAUACUUCGGAAAAAACAACUUACCUCUCCAUCAAUGGAUAGCAGCACAGCGCCGAAUUGCCUCAACAUCCAGAAAUAUACAAGAAGAAGACCCUGCGGAAAAAUUAAGGAACAAAUGGAAAUCCAAAGCGCUGCAUGGCAGAUUUUUCAAUAGCCUUCAACAACCUGAGGUAGACAUGACAACCUCCAACACCUACCUCAAGCAAGGCUAUCUUUUUCCUCAAACGGAAGGAACACUCCAGGCCAUCCAAGACCAGGUUGUUCCAACAAGAACUUACCUGAAACACAUCCUUCAACAACAGGUAGAAACAACAAAGUGCAGGUUGUGUAACAGCGCUGAGGAAACAGUCCAACACCUCACAUCAGGCUGCACAACAAUAGCGAACACCAAAUAUCUCACCCGACAUGACAACAUGGGGAAAGUUGUGCAUCAACUAAUAUGCCUACAAAAAGAAUUAAUCCCGCAUUUUACACCACACCACGUAUACGCACCGCAAACAUUGAAAGAAAACGAGCAAUUUAAAAUAUACUGGGACUUAACAAUAAUAACCGACAGAAGGGUCGUACACAAUAGACCCGAUAUGGUAAUAUUCGAUAAGGUCAAUAAAACAGCAAUCAUCAUAGACUUUGCUGUGCCGCAGGACCAGAACUUAACGAAAACAUACACCGAAAAGAUGACAAAAUAUGAAGCGCUGGCACAACAAAUCCGGGAUAUGUGGAAGUUGAGGGAUGCGAGAAUAAUGCCGCUGAUAAUAUCUGCCAACGGUCUCGUCCACAGAAAAACCACCCAACAUCUACUCGAAUUGAAGCUGCCGCAAAACACGAUUAUGUGGAUGCAAAAGGCGGUUAUACUGGUCGCUUCGUGUCUAGCGGCACUGAGAAGGCUAUUUAGGCUGAUGAGGGAUAAUGGAUAUUCAAACAUAUUUCUUAAAAAAUUAAUAUACAAUGCUCCAAGACUACCAGAACCAACCGAAGCUUUAAAUGAAGUACUUAUAAAUAAGAGACAUUUCUAA